AUGUUGUGUGGCAUGGACGAAGAGCAAGUUUACAGCAGACAUGCGGACGGCAGCGCUGGUGAUGCAGACUACGGCGUGAUUGGGGCAAGCUACGCACACUACCGCCAGCCGGAUCCUUAUAUCGCCGAGUUCAUUUUGAAGGCACUUGGAGAAGCCAAGACGGUGCUAAACGUCGGGGCAGGCGCGGGCUCCUACGAGCCAGUCGAUCGCGACGUGACGGCUGUGGAGCCCUCAGCAUCGAUGCGGUCUCAACGAGCCGCUGGUCUUCCAGCGGCGAUCGACGCAACAGCUGAACGACUACCAUUUGCUGAUAAUAGCUUCGAUGCGAGCAUGGCGACCUUUACGGUGCAUCAGUGGUCGGACCUGAAGGCUGGACUUCGAGAGAUGCGGCGCGUAUCACGCGGACCAGUGCUCAUUCUCAGCUGUGAUCCAGCUGAACUCGAGCGUUCUUGGCUGUAUGAAUAUGCUCCUGAAAUGAUUGCCGUCGAAGCCCGCCGAUAUCCCGCCACAGAUGUCGUCAAAGCCGCCUUAGGAGGUACUACCGAGGUUUUAACGGUACCAAUCCCGCUGCACUGCAUCGACGGUUUCAGUGAAGCUUAUUAUGGGCGACCCGAAUGUCUGCUGGACCCGGGAGCAAGGCUUGCCAACUCGGCUUGGAGCUUUACCAACCAGGGCAUCAUUGAACGCUUCGUGAAUAAACUUACGCGCGAUCUUAACGACGGCACUUGGGAUUCACGUUACGGCAAAUACAGGAGUCAGGCUUUUUUUGAAGGAUCAUUGCGGCUGAUUAUAGCUCGAGCGUAA